AUGCGACCGCCACGCUUGCUUAUUGUUCUCUUCUGCCUAAUCUUCUUUCCGAUCCUCCUCACCUUCUUUUCCGCGCUUACAUCACCCGAUGUAGCUUCUCCCAAUACACUCGCUGGUGAGACAACUGGGCUGCGCGCUUUAUUUUCUUUCAACAUACCGUCGUCCCUUUUCCCUCCGUCGGCCAUUAUUAGUCUCACCGAUGACAACUCGACCUUCUUCCUCGCCCGGCCAGCGGCAUUUGGCCCGCUUCUGCCAACCAAAGGCCUCAGCGGUCAGUUAUGGGUGGGAAGUGGAUUUGGUGAAGGGGGAUUAGCUGGCGUGGAAGGGGAACUGGGCUGCUCCGAUAUUCCCGGCUGGGGUGAGGGCGCCAACCAUAAGAAACAAGACAAAACCACUAGGAGCGCGGAGCAGAGUUCCGGCAUGUCCGGGGGUGGUACAGUGAAAGAUCAAUCAUCAAAUCGCCCGCGGUCGGUGUCGCAGGCCGAUACUACACCUCAAAACGAUAGAGAUGAUCCAAACACCCCACCCUUGACGAACGAUGGCACCGAUGAUCAUCUACAUCAUCCACUCCCUGAAUCUGGUGCUUCUAACCCUGGCAUGAGUCAGAGGUACGGGGAUCACGUCCAAAGCAAGCCGUCUGCGCAUGCCGACAUACAAUCACUACAAGAGACUGCCGAAAUUCAGGGUAAGGUGGUGCUGUUGAGUCGAGGUGGCUGUGGGUUUUUGGAGAAGGCCAAGUGGGCACAACGACGGGGAGGUGUUGCUCUGAUUGUUGGCGACGAUACCCGAGGUGGCAACUUGGUCACUAUGUACGCACGAGGCGAUACAUCGAACGUCACGAUCCCGGCAUUGUUCACUUCCCACACUACUGCUCAUCUAUUAUCGUCAUUGGUUCCUGGACAUGCCAGUGGAACUGCCGGUUUAGGAGAUGUAUCAAAAUCAUCACAAGCGAAGCUGGCAGGACAAGCCGAUGCCGACAAAGAACGGGUAAUAAGUACUACAGCAACAACCAUUCCAAGCCCGACUGCCAGCAGUCAUUUGACAGCCAAAGAGAGACCUGCGCCUUCAUAUCACUCAAACGGCGGCUUUUUCCGUGCGAUUGGUGCAUUCCUAGGAUUAUGCGAUAAGAAUGGAGGUUCACGGCAUCUGGAAGACAGCCGACGCCCGCCCAGUAGCGGCAACAUUGACUGGAUUAACCUAGGCUCAUGGGAUGAAAAAGAAGCCCCGUCGAAUGCUUGGAGGAGAUCAACAGAUCCGAAUGAUCGUGGUCGGGCUAAGGAGGACACAUACAACAGCCAUAAAGCCGACAUGUCCCCUGAAAGUUUUGAGGAUGAUGACUUUGUUAUCGGGGUUCAGGACUGGAGAGAUCCCGACCUAAUGCCUCCUCGGAGUACCGCAUCCCCGACAGCUAGCACCUCUAUAGCUGGCAAGGAUACCUCUAAUACUGCCAGUGCGGAUAAAGAUGCUGCUUCCUCGCCUGAUGGUCUUCAGGGUGGUAGCAUUACACCAGGAAGUGGAGAAUAUCAGAGCAUCGACAAAUCCAGUGCUAGUUCUCAUGGCACACGCCUGAAGGGAUCUGAGAAAGAAUCCUUCGGAUCUCAUGGGAAGUCUGGAUCUUUUACGAAGGGCUGGUUUUCGAGUCACUUUGGAUGGGGAGACGAUACUCAGCAAGAUCCUCAGCCUUCUUCGUCGCCCUCACUCCAGAAAAGCACAGCAGCAGACCAGAAGAUGCAAAAUAGCCCUCACACAUCGAGCCGUCUCAGCGGGGAGACCUCUGAGCACGAGGGCCUUUGGGUUACCAUGACACCCACUAGCAUGUCCUCAAGCCCCUUUUUCGAUACUCUAUUGGUCCUUGUCGUCAGUCCUUUGCUGACGCUAACGGCUGUUUAUGCCCUUUUGCUGCUCCGGUCUCGAAUCCGCCGUCGUCGCUGGCGUGCCCCGAAGUCGGUUAUCGAACGACUUCCUGUCCGGACUUACCACACAAUUGCUACCUCUUCUUCCUCUUCUUCCAACUCAACACGCCCCCCUAGUCCCGGUCCUCUCUCUCCGACUUCCCCACUCCUUGGCAAUGAAAGCCGGCCAAGCGCAUCCCGGUCAAAUAGAUCACGUUCACAAACAUUUUCGGGCACUAUGCUAGACUCCUCUGUCGCGCCCAAGGAAGAGAAGUGCAAUAUGCAAAAUGGGUCUACCUUGUGGCGACGCAAGUACACAGGAAGGCAGGUGGAGUGCGUUGUAUGCCUUGAGGAAUAUAUCGAUGGUCUGAGCCGGGUCAUGAGAUUGCCAUGUGGCCAUGAAUUCCAUGUGGAAUGCAUUACCCCCUGGUUGACUACUCGUCGGCGAACUUGUCCGAUCUGUAAAGGCGAUGUUGUCCGUUCAUUAGGCCAUUCUCAACCCGAUGAUUCCCAGGGUCAUCGUGAUCAUUCCAAUGAUGACUUCCACUCCACCCAGCCAAUGUCUCGAGGCAGCGCAUCUUCGGCUCCAGUGCAGAUUGAAGGCGUCAAUGAGGAUCCCUCAGAUAGGGAACAGAAUGCAGGUCUACUUGACCAUGCCAAUUCUGCCCCACAGUCAAGCUGGCGAAAUCUAGCUACUCUUAGCUUUUCUGCUCUGAGUGGCGAUACGAUAUGGCACCAGGCUCGCGCUGACCGUAAUCGCUAA